CAGGACCCCCCUCGUGAGGAGCGGCUGUCGCAGGGACGGCCAUGGGGGACAAGCAGACGGAACUGGCCCUCCGGCGGCUGGACGAGGGUCAGGGGCUGCUCCCGCAGCCGGGGGAAGGGGAGGCCGUGGCCACUCUCCCGCUCUCGCUGGGAGAGCGCCCAGAGAGCCUCGAGGCCCUCAGCCUGGGCCUGAAAGGGAGCCCCAAGGACAGCUACAACCUCCUGUACUUGAUCCUGGUGCUCCACGGAGUCGGGACCCUUAUGCCCUGGAACAUGUUCAUCAAUGCCAAGUCGUACUUCACAGACUACAAGCUGGCUGUGAACAUCAGCAGCAAUGUCAGCUAUGAGGACGACGAAGAUAGCCUAGAGCUGAAGGAAUACAGCAUCAACUUCCUGGGCUACAUCACGCUGGCCUCUCAGCUGCCCAACUUGCUCUGCAACUUCCUCAACCUCUUCCUGCAGUUCGGGCAACGGAGUCUCACCCCACGGAUUGUCAUAAGCAUUCUCGUAGAGGUGACCAUCUUCAUAGCUACCGUUGUCCUUGCGAUGGUGGACUCGACGCACUGGCCAAUCACCUUCUUCUACCUCACCAUGGGACUAGUGGUGGUGUUGAACAUGGCAUCUGGUGUUUACCAGAACAGCAUCUUCGGCGUGGCAGCGCCCUUGCCUGGGAAGUACUCCAAUGCCGUUGUUUUAGGCUCGAAUAUCAGCGGCACGCUGACGUCCCUGUUGAACAUCUUCUCCAUUGCGGCUUCUCCGAGUGCACGGACGGCGGCCAUAUACUACUUCUUGUCGGCGUUGCUGGUCCUGCUCCUGUGCCUGGACUCCUACUUUGCACUCCCGCUGCUGCCUUUCUACAGGUACCACCAGCAACUGGCCAACAGGGCGGCAAGGACUUCGAGCACCCGCUCAAAGGCACCCCCCUACUGGCUCGUCUUUAAGCAGGUGUGGGCACAGUGCCUUAACGUGUUCCUCAUCUUCUUCGUGACCCUGGCGGCAUUUCCGGCAGUCGCGUCCGACGUCAAGGUCUUGGACCCCAACUUUUUCCUUAAUGAAAAGUACUUCACAGCAGUGGCCUGCUUCUUCGGCUUCAACUUCUUCGCCAUGCUCGGCAGCAUACUUCCCAUCUGGGUCCGCUGGCCGGGGCCAAGGUUCCUGUGGGUCCCAGUCGUGUUGCGGCUAGUGUUCCUGCCGAUCUUCCUGCUGUGCAACUACCUGCCGAAGGAGCGCCAGCUCCCGGUGUGGAUCGCCAGCGACUGGGCCUACAUGGUGGCCAUGGCCGUGUUUGCCUGGUCCAGCGGCUACCUCAGCAGCCUCGCCAUGAUGUACGCGCCGCGCGUCGUGAGGUCGCCGCAGCACGCGCCAGUUGCCGGCAUGAUGGCCGCCUUUUGCCUGGUGCUCGGGAUCUUCGUUGGCGGCAAUGCCGCUUUCCUCGGGCCACGGAUCGUGAAAGGGGACUGGUUCUAGCAAGGCGUUUGUGCGCCGCAUUUGUCAGGCGUUCUCAUUGUUUGUUUGCAGGGUUGGAGAAAAGGAACGAACGCAAGGACUGGCUUCGAGAUUGCCGAGUGCUUGAUGUACGUUUGGAAAGUUGACGGUGUUUUACGCAAAUGUGUACGCCAUGCUCGGCGUCGACUAUCUCACAUUCGUGCAACACGUUUGUCGAGCAUUCUCGUUUGUUUGUGAGCUCGUGGAAAAAGAACGAGCUUAAGGACUGACGUCGAAAUUGCCAAAGGCAGGCAGUCCCGAGUAAAUAAAACGGCGCAAGAAAGGACGCGGGGACAAGCAGAAGGCACACAAACACGGCAGUGGCUAUUGACUAAUUUUGGGGUUUUUUUUUCUCACAGCAAAAUUCAUUGACUUAAAAGAAGUGUGCAAUAGUUACUCUUUCUGAUGGUGAAUUUUAACUUGCUAAUUAGACUGGCACAUUUCUUUGAUGGAGGGAUGCCCUGUCUGGUUCUCUCAGUUUUUCCUUCUUUUUGUCGUCAUAUUCUCUUUAGAAAGAAAACGACGGUCGAUGGUCAGCUCUGUGUUUGCGUACAUUUUCUACUUGUUCUUGCACCCUCCUUUGCACUGUUUUAUUUAUUCUGAUCAUUCAACUGUACACCUUGCUACUGGCAGUCCUUUUUUGUAUGAAUGUGCACAUUAGGUUUGUUCAGCGUUUGUUCAAUUUCGGUGAGCUUGAGGGAAAGUGAGAUGGUUAUGAGAUUGAUUGCCGAAAUUACCUCUCUUGCACAGUGUGCACUAUAUGUUUUGAAGCUGUCAGUGCUGUUUCGUGCUGACGCGUCCACUGUGCUCGACAUAAGACUUUUUGUCCCACAUUGCCAAGGUUACCACAGUUUCUGUGGCACUCCAGUGCUGUCGAAGCUGCUUGCGUGGGUAUGUAGCUUCGUCUGGUGUCUCCUCUGCACGAGAGCACGUGCAAAUGAGAUGCAAGACAGUCACGCGCUCUCUCAAUAGUAUGGAAGCUACUAUGCUUUUGACAGCACAGUGCAAAAAGGUGUUGACGCCGAGUAUACGCUUGUUCAGCAUUUGUUUAAUUUUUGUGUUCUGGAGGACAGAUGGGAUGGUUAUGAGAGUAACUGCCAAGAUUACCUCUGUUGCGCAAUGUCCAAUUUCGAAGCUGAUGGUCUUGUUUCAUGAAAAUCAGUGUUUGUUAAAUUGUGGGUGUUUGUCUCUUAAACAAGAUCAAGUGUGAGGGCAGAUGGGGCAUUUGUGAAAGGGGACGUGAAGAGUACCCCGACUAGCUUCUGACAUGUUUUGAAGCAGGCGAUCAUGUUUUGUGCAAAAAUGUAUGUUCAACAUGUUCCACAUCUUCCUCCUUUGGAAAUGCUGAAGUGUGAGCUAACGUGGUAUGUGUGAGAGGUAAUGUUGAAAAUGCUUUGAUUGUGGAUAGCUUGUUUUUUUUGUUUUUUUUUUUUGUGAAAAUGUGCAUUUGUAGCUUCAACUUUUUCCUUUUUAACAUCCUUGAGUGCAAAAGCUAAUGAAACGUGUGAGUUAAUGUCAAAACCACCGAAUGCUGAAUUCCUGGUGUAUGUUUUUAAGGUCACUGCCUUACUUUUGUGAAACUGUAAUUAACUACUGCAACAUUUGCCCCUUUCAACAUGCUUGCAGGGUUAUUGUCAAAACGACCCUGAUUGUUAAAUGCCUCAUGGGAAUUCCAAGCCUUUGUAUGUGCACUUGUUCAACAUUUGCUCCUUUUCAACCUGAUUAACGUGAAGAUUUUUGGAAUAAUAAUGUUCUUGGAAUAUUUAUGUCCGCCCUUUAGAACAUGUUUGAGUGUGACGAUUAUAGUGGUGGACUUGUUCUCAAUGUUCGUUCGCUUUUUGCCUUUUUGAGAUUGGGGGUAAUGUUAGGCUUCAUGCAAGUAAUUAAGAUUUUUGGUGGGAUUUUCGCGAGCGUUUCCAAUACCAGUCAUCUGUUGCUGAGGUUUGUGCGGGUCUUCAAUGAUGUUUGUUGGGGAGCAACAAAAUAUCCAGGUGCUGGUUGCACGAGGUUUGAUAUGGGUAGAGGCUUAUAGUAUUGCACUCGUAUGCACAGUGAUUCUUGAGAAACUGGACUUUGCAUUGCCUAUAUUUGUGUUCUUUUGUUUGAGUAUAAAUGUUCUCUUCAUUAUACCUCUGCCCAUAGUGCAAGGAUGUAAAAUUGCCCCAAAAAAUGAAACAGUAUUUUUUAUCCUUUUUUUUUGUAACUACUAUUCUGAUAUGGAUGAUGACAUAUCACACUAAGGUCAAAUCUUGAUAUAGCUUUUGUUUCUCUGGGAUCUCUUAGUGAUAUUUUCACUGUAUUUUUAUCUCUUCUUUUCAAUGUAGAAUUUUUUUUUUUUUUUUUUUUUGAAUGGUGGAGUAGAAACAGCUGAGGUGGCUCCAUAUAUGUUGUCUUAUUACUUGACUUGUUAAAAAAAGAAAAAAAAGUACUUGAUUUCCUUUGAACCGAUACUAAGCCCCAAGGAAGUUCUAUCAAAACUUUGUGUUAAUAUUGAAUUAUUUAGAGGGGGACAGUUUUGUAUAAUUUAAAUGUUUUGUCGAACCAACUGUGUUUUUAACAUGCUAUAUUUUGAGAUAAGAUUCCUUUCAGAACAACUACAAGUUGAAGGGGUUGAUGUGUGAAAUAUGGUUUGAAAUGACCCAGUGCAAUGGCCUACUACUGUAAAUGUAGCAAGAAAAAGUAAUAUUUUCAGUGGGACAUGUUUUGGCUUGAAGAAUCAAUCGCAGCCCCUCAUAAACUCUCUGAUGCUCAAAGGACCAGUGGUUCCAUGCAAGAAAUUGUUACUUUGUGCUGCAGUCGCGACGGAGUCUAGUGCUCUUUUGAUACUGUUGGAGCAGAGCUCUGCGCCAUGCACAGGCUUUAUCUCGAAGGGCUUCCAAGCCGAGAUACCUCGGAAUUUGCGAGGAAUGUAGAGUAUGAGAUUAUCAUAGCAUUUCUAUUUUUUUGUGCUCAGUGGUUACUAGUUAGGGUUGGAGUGUUGAAUGCACCAAGCAUGCAGAAAUUCCCAAGUUGUGGUAAUACUAGGCAAUUCCUUCGAGGGAGUUUGAAGUAGAAUUGACCACCGUUCAGACACGCAUAUACUGGGGAUGUAUGGUUCUAGUCCAGUCUAGUAUUGCAGGGCUGCUGCUUGUGACAUCGAUUGCGAAGUUCCUGUAGCAUUCAAGCAAUGUCUAAACUGUCCGAUUUCAUUCGUAGCAGUGUUGAACUGUUUAAUCCAGCGUCGAAAUGUUGCACAGAGAUCGACCGGCAUGCCAAGCAGGCCGCAAGAUAGCAGAGCUCUGCUCGACCAGCUACAGUUUCUACUAUAAUGCUCGGAAGAGCUGCCCUCUCAUUGUUUACCUCUUUAAAAAUAAUGUGCCGAGGUUGUUGCGCUUUAGGCCUUGUUCUGUCUGUGUGUAUAUUUGUGUUUUGUUACAAGGUUUCUUUUGUCUUACCAAACGUGCAAAAUCGAGCACGUUGGGUGUGUAUGCACAUUUUAAAACCAUAACCCCACCAUGUGAAUGGCUGGCCAAUCAAUUUGGUGUGCAUUUUGAGGCAGUUUAUGUUGGCUUUGUGGGAUGUCUGGUGCGGUGGUAUGUGUAGGCUCAACUAUGUUGCAUUGGGUUUGCAACACUUGGGCUUUGGAGGGUGAAUCAUUUUAGUCUGACACCAACCUAUAGGGAGUAUUCACUGGCCGUCAUAGCUGAGCUCGCUGCUGCUUCCUGACCACGGAAGAAGAGAGAGAGGGGAGAGAUGCUUUUGUACGAAUUUUGAGUGGCAAGUUAAUCUUCUAUAAUCUUCUAGAGGGAGAAUAGCGACGUUUGGAGAAGCCUGGGACCCACAAAAGAGAGUCCCGGUGAUAAGAGGAUUUCUUCUUCCCCUCUUCUCUUGCGGUUGCCCGAGAGCUGACCGGAAACUCUUUCCGGGCAUGCGCUGUGAGCAGUUACCUCAAAUAUGGCGUCCAGUGAAUACCCCCUAUAGGACCUUGCAGUCUCGUUUUUCAGGACUGGCUUCGGAUUUUUGCAUAAAUGUCUAAUCGAGUAGUUGGUGGUCGCAAGGUUACAAAAUUUUAUUGAGUUUGAUGCGUUGUCUAGUAAAAAUGAAUACUAUAGUGAGGUAGCUGAGCCUUCUCAGAACAUUCCACAGUGUCUCCUAGAGUUUGUGGAAUCAAUUAGCGUAGGUGGAACAAUAAAGGUCAGAUUAGGUUGACUAAAGAAAAUGGCCGUCAGAUUAAGGUGACCCGCCCUUCAGUUAGGCCCAACUCACACAGACAGUCUUUGUCAAUUAUUCUAAUAGGCCUAGCUCUCUGGAGAUGUAAUUCACCUUUUGGUUGAAUCUUGAGUCAUACCAGCUGUGUUCUCACUUCUCAUUUUGAUUGGGCUAGUGUUUCAUCCAGUUUGGAGAUUAAAGACAACUCUGCGCACA